AUGGAGUCUACCGGACAAAAUGCUCCAAUUUCGGACAAAAAAUUCGCAUCCAUUGAACGAAUGAGAACCGACGUUAUGGAAAAGGCCUGGGAGAGGGGCCUAGAAAUAGAAGGGAAAAUUAACAACCGCUUCGACGAACUGAUCAGGAAGGAGAAGAGGAAAAUAGUCGGAAAGGAAGUCAAAUCGGCAGCAAGACAGUUCCAGAAACGAAGAAAGCAAACCGAGGCCAACGCGAAAAGGGAAAUAAGAGACGCGAAGAAAUGGAAGAGCGACAUCGCCAAAGAAGAGAAAAGACGCCGAAAGGAAGUUACGGACUGGAAAGCCAAGGCCCAAAAGUGGAAGAAGGAGACCCAGCGGUUGCUACGAAAUGCAAAGGCCCGAGAAAGACGGGCCGAGGAAAACCGUAGGAUCGCAGAGGGUAAGUGGAAGGGUAAGAAGAAAUUCGCCAAAGUCCAGCUAAAACUUGAGGACAAACUAAACAAAAUCCGCAACCAGCGAAGCAGACUAAGUUUUACCCCGACAAUCACAGAUAUCAAACAUGCACACGGUAAAACGGUAAGUGAGUACACAAUCCCGGUAACCGCCCCAUUAACCCUCAAACAGGUCCUAUCCCUAUCAAAGGAGGAAGUCCUAAAACUAAUUGAUUCCCUGAAAAAGCCCAUAAAGGUACAGAUCAGACUAGAAUGCAUUAUGGAAAAAACGGAUCCCAUUACAGGAGAAGUCACUACGGACACCUACUACCCAAGUAGCUUCACAUCCAGCAUUUUUCCCACAACCAACACAUCAGAGAAGUACGACGAAGCGACCGAAAAAAUCUCGAAGGAUAUAUCCGAAUACCAGAAGAACGGAUCGGGAUGGACCCUAAAGAAAACCGUCAAAAUGAUUAUAAAGGUCACAAAGUACCAGAUCGUGAGGGGAGCCGGAUUUUCCGAACUCCCUAAAUUCAUUACUAGUAAGAAAACGGUCAUCAACAUAAAGAACAAAGACGACAUGUGCUUCAAGUACGUGGUCACACGUGCCCUACACCCAGUAGAGAAGAAAGCAAACGUUGUCAGCAAACUUCUCAAGGAACAAACCGAAAACUACAACUGGGAAGGACUAACAUUUCCGGUUGCUGUUAAGGACGUAAAAAUAUUCUCGGAAAAUAAUAAUAUUGGGGUUAACGUUUUCGGUAUAGAGGAGAUCAUGGAAACAGACCCAGAUGGUGACCGCCUGAUAGCAGCAAAAUACGUCCAGCUGCUAACAGAACUGACCGAGGAGUACGAAAAGGUCAUCAACCUCUUUUGGCAUGACGACCACUUUAGCACCAUAAAGUGCCUAAGCCGACUCCUCUCCAGUCAGGUAAGUGGGAAUGGUAAAUCAGAACAUUUCUGUCCGUACUGUCUAAAUCAUUUUGGAACAGAACAACUGAUGAAUAGUCACACCAAGGAUUGUUGUGAAAGAGGUCGACAGCGAACAAUAUUUCCGGUUGCAGUAGGCGAUACAAAGGCAAACGGGAAGAAACAGGAGGAAAAACCAAUAAUAACGUUUAAAAACCACAAACACACCACGGACGUACCAUUCUCAAUACAAGCCGACACCGAAUGUAUGAUCAUGGAUAUUCCGGACGAACAUUGGGAAAACAAAAAAGUCGGACAAGGCACAAGAAAAAGGUUUAGAAAAGUACACGUACCAAAUAUGGCCGGAUUCGUCAUCACAUCAAACAUGAAGAUCGAGGGGUUCGAACCCACCAUGGUUAUCAUCAGAAAAAAGGACGACGACCACGACCUUAUGAAGGAAUUCUGUAAAGCAAUGUCGGAAGCUGUCGUGAAGCUGUACGACAAACACUUCAAAUCCAAGUUUCCAAUAAAUAUGUCUCCGGAGGACGAAAGGGACUACAACUCAAGCGAAAGAUGUCACCUGUGCUUGGGAUUACCUUCCCCAGACAGCGACAGCAUAUACCAAAAAGUCAGGGACCACUGCCACUUCACGGGAAAAUACCGGGGAGCAGCACACAGCAUAUGCAACCUACGGGCAAGCAAACCAAACUUCAUUCCGGCACUAUUCCACAACCUUGAAGGCUACGACGAGCACCUCUUCCUACCCAGCCUAGCCGCAAACGGGGAAAACGUAACAAGCAUCCCCUUAAGCGAGGAAAAACACAAGAGCAUCUCCAAAGAAGUCCUAAAGACCAGAGUCCCAGGAAACAAAGAGGGCAAAACAAAAGCCUUCAACCUGAGAUUUAUCGACAGCGCCAACUUUCUACAAUCCUCCCUACAAAAACUAGCAGAAAACCUACCCAAGGAUGGAUUCAACUAUCUGGAGAAAUUCGUCGGAAAAGAUCCGGUCCUAAAACAGAAGGGUGUAUUCCCGUACGAAUACAUCGACAGCAUGGAAAAACUGAACGAAACAUGUCUUCUCCCAAAGGAAAAGUUCUUCUCGUCGCUAAAAAAAGAAGGAAUAUCCGACGAGGACUACACCAGAGCACAUGAGGUGUGGAACAGAUUCGAGUGCGAGACCCUAUGGGACUACUCGGAGGUCUACCUCAAAACGGACAUCACCAUUCUCACAGACGUAUUUGAAGACUUUCGAAAAAUGGCUAAGAAAACCUACGGUUUAAAUCCGCUAUGGUACUACACAGCCCCGGACUGUCUCUUGACGCAGCAUUAA